AUGGCGACAAUUGGGACCCUAGAGCGGCUCUCGGCGUCGGCCUUGUCGAGGCUAAUCCUUGCCGAGCAAGCUGCGGCCUUGGGCGACCCCACCAUCGCCAUCAUCGACGUGCGGGAUGACGACUACAUCGGCGGCCACAUCCGCGGCGCGCAAAACGUGCCGUCGCGCACCAUCGACGCCAUGUUCCCGACGCUCGUGCGCCGCCUCCAGGACAAGGAGACGGUCGUCUUCCACUGCGCCCUGUCGCAGCAGCGCGGGCCCGGCGCUGCCCUCCGAUACAUUCGCGAGCGCGAGCGCUUCCUCGCCUCCGAGAACAAGAAGGCGGCAGCGGCCAAGAGCAGCGCAGCCGAGGAUGACGGUGCUGCUGAUGCGGUUGCGGAUUCAUCUGCGUCUGGCGUGGUGGGACAAGACGGUGCAGCCGGCUCGGAGGGGCAGGACAAGCCUGUCCAGCAAACGGUAUAUGUGCUUGACCGCGGGUUCGUGGGCUGGCAGGAGGUGUACGGCACGGACGAGCGGCUAACCGAGGGCUACCGCAAGGAGCUGUGGGAGGACGGAUACUGGGGCUGA